UGUGGCACUCAGGAUAUUCUCAUGGUCAUUCGAACUCACACGCGCUCGGCCUGGGCCAGCCUCGUCUAACAGUCGUGUGGUAACCACGAUCCAGUUUAGAGUGUGGGGCUUCGUUGCACUUACAGGGAUUAAGAAGUAAUAGAAUUGAAGUUGCAAGAGCAAGAACUAGUUCCAUUGAAGAUGCAGGCACUAAGAGCUGUCAAAAAUGCCCUGGCAAAAAGACCUGUCGUAAGCAAUGUAAUAACUUACGGAGCUCUGUAUACAGGGGCUGAAUUCUUUCAGCAGACAUUCAACAAUAGGAUUAUGAUUCCAGCAGACUCUCCUCCUGUUCCCUACGACACGGCAACUCUAGCUCGUUAUGGAUUCAUGGGAACCUGUGUCUUUCCUCAUGUUCUCUACCAUGCGUACAAGUUUUUGGAUUCCAAGUUUGUUGGUAAAAGUUUAGCAGUGGUAUUACCAAAACUAGCAGCAGAUGCUCUCAUAGUUACACCAAUCAAUCUUACCCUGUUCUAUGUUGGAAUGAGUGCCAUGGAAGGAAAGGAAGAUCUCCUGGAUGAAUGGAAGAAAAAAAUUCUACCUACUUUCCUGACUGCAAGUGUAUUCUGGGUUCCUGCUUCUCUCAUCAACUUCAGGUUCCUCCCACCACACGCUCGAGUUAUAUUUGUUGGUUCUUGUCAAAUAAUUUGGGUGUCAAUCUUGUGCUGGUUCAAACGUCAAGAAUACUAGUUAGAAAAUUCUGUCUAAGGAAUUAACCUGAAAAUGACAUUAGUGGAUAUAUUAGUAUGUUUACAGGUCGGUGAAUGGCUAAUUUAGGUGCUUUCCCUUAUUAAUAUUUUUUAUAGUAAGAUUUAACACUUUACUUGAGAUGUAAUCAUCCAGUCGUAAUAAAAGGUAUCUUCAGGGACAUCCCAGUAUUAAUGGCAUAAAUAUAGUCAUGUAUAUUGCACAAUUUUAUCAUGAUAUAACUCUGGAUAAAUAAAUCUUGUCUAGUAUCUAGACAUGAUAUAUGAGCAGCAUGCAAUAAUGUAAGCGCAUCCUUGCCCGACUCUUGAAAAUUUUACCCUUUGUGACUUUGUCAUAUACAAAUUCACUGGAACAUAAAAAAAGGUUUCAUAACCUAUUUUACGUAUGAUUAGACUUUGUAUGUGUAUGUGAAGACACCAAUACACACAUUUAUAAACAUAUGUAAAGAUAUAUUUGUCAAGUGUUUUUCAAAUGAUGGAUUUAACAGUAUGUAAACAUUAUUGACCCUACAAUUUUGUGUGUAUGUGUCUUUUUGUCUUUUUCUUUUAAUUUUUAAUACAAAUUUUAUCAUCUAUUGAAACAUUUUUAUUUGCACUAUGAAAGCAAUUUUCUGAUAUUUAUAAAUAGAUUGCCAAUAGUUUUGAUAGCAUAUUAACUAAGGUUUGACACAGGGUAACAUUUUGUGAAUUUUCUUUAGAGAAUAGUAGUUAAAAUUGUUAUAUAUGAAUACUGGAGGGGUAAUGCCUUUUUCAACAAUGGUCUUGGAGCUAAACUGAAUACGACUUACUUUAACACAUUCCAGUGUAUAUCUUCCAAGUUGUAAUAGAGAUAGCUGAAAAUACAAGACAUUCCAAAACUUUGUUGUUUUCAGAAUUUUAGUUAUAACAAGAAACUUAUUGUAUUUAUUAUUUGAGUACAUAAAAUUUAGAGUGUAGUUUUAUAUUUGGUGAUAUCAUAAUUGUUGAUGCCUGCAUGUAUCAAUAUUGGUUUGGCAUUCUCUAUUUGUACAUAUUAACAAUUUUAAAGCUCAGAAAUAAGUGUAAAGUGAAUCAAAUGUUUAGAAAAGAAGCUAUCUGGAUUAUGCUUGCCAAUAACAUAUUUGCUCACUCCUUUGAUGUUUAUUAUUAUUUCACUGAUUCAGGCCUGACUAUGUAAAGAAUCAUACAGUACUAAAGACUUUGAUUUAUUCUGUAUAAAAUAUAAUUCAUACCUUCCAGUUAAUUAUUUUCCUUUAUGUAUAUUCCUUAAUAUUUUGACUUGUAGUCUCAUUUCUUAGUUCCACUCUCCAACAUUGUCUCCCAAUAAACUAUUUGAUACUAA